GUGACAUCUGAAAAAUAAUUAAACUAAUUUUAAUAAACUUAUACAUACAAUAUUAAGUAUAUAAAUUCUGCAAUGAUUAAAUUAUUGAUUUUAUGUUUUCUUGUUUUGAAUUUACUUUCAGAAGGCUUAGCUAUUUACUGUUAUCGUUGCACAAGUGCUACGCCAGGAUGUGGAUCGCCAUUUAAUUGGCGAGGAAUUGGUUACUUGGGUCAACAAUGUCCUGAGGAUAAUGAUAUUUGCGUUAAACUUACUGAAAGAAAAGGAGCUACUGAGACUAUUACCCGAGAUUGUCUCAGUGCCUUAAAAGCAUUCCGAACAGAUAUUCCAGCAGAUAAUUAUGAAGGUUGUCGUCCUUCAGUUAUUGAUGAAAAAUUAGCAAAUUAUGUCAACAAUUCUAUUAAGGAACUAGAUAUAAAAAGAAACUAUUAUGAUUCUACAACGUGGUGCUUUUGUUUCCUGGAUCAUCGAUGUAAUAAAUCAUCUACACUUACGGUCUCUAUUCUUCUAUUAUUUGUGAUGUUCCUUGUAAACAAGUUUCUUAAUUAGUUUUGAUUAUUUAAU